AUGUUGAAAUUACGCCAAUUACAAAAGAAAAAGCAAAAAGAGAAUGAAGGGAAUACUUCCAUGGAACCUCAUUUAUCGGCAGCUAGGAUUCGAUUAAAGAGAGAUCUUGAUUCGUUGGACCUCCCACCUACAGUAACGUUGAAUGUAAUAACCCCGCCAGAUAGCACCGAUAGGAUGCAAUCACCUAAAUUAGAGGUAACUGUAAGCCCUGAUGAAGGGUACUAUAAUCAUGGAUCUAUUAAUUUCGGUUUGGAUUUCAACGAGGUUUAUCCGAUCGAACCACCAAAAGUGGCAUGUUUGAAGAAGAUUUUCCAUCCAAAUAUUGAUUUAAAGGGAAACGUUUGCCUAAAUAUACUCCGAGAAGACUGGUCACCAGCCCUGGAUCUGCAAAGCAUUAUUACCGGGCUUCUUUUCUUGUUCUUAGAGCCUAAUCCUAAUGAUCCCUUAAAUAAGGAUGCAGCAAAGCUAUUCUGUCAAAAUGAAAAAAAAUUUGCCGAAAUUGUAAGAUCUACCAUGUCUGGAGGUUCAGUUAACCAGGUGCAAUACGAUGACGUCGCUUCUCGUUGA